CACAGAUAUCAAACUUUCAUCAUACACAGAUUCAUUUGCGUUUGUGGCUAACCCUCACACCAAAUAUUCACCAAAUGGAUACCACUUCUGAUCAUGUCCACAAAGAUAUUGAUGAACCAUUGCUAGAACCUAAUGAACCAACACCACCACAACUACCAACAUCCUUCACACAUUCUUUUGGUUCAAAACAUGAAUCAGAUGGUGAACUCGAAAGAAUACUCUCAGACACAAGUGUUCCUUUUGUUAAACGUCUUAGACUUGCUACAUGGGUUGAGUUUAAGAUGCUUUUUUACCUUGCUGCCCCUGCUGUUAUUGUGUACCUUGUCAACAAUGUUACGUCAAUGUCCACUCAAAUAUAUUCUGGUCAUCUUGGUAAUUUGGAGCUUGCUGCUGCUUCUCUUGGAAAUAAUGGGAUACAAGUCUUUGCUUAUGGUCUCAUGUUAGGCAUGGGGAGUGCAGUUGAGACACUAUGUGGACAAGCAUUUGGUGCAAAAAAAUAUGACAUGUUAGGCAUAUAUUUGCAAAGAUCCACAGUUCUUCUCACACUAGCUGGUUUAAUAUUGACUCUACUAUACAUAUUCUCCAAACCACUUUUGAUAUUUCUAGGAGAAUCUCCAGAAAUUGCAUCAGCAGCAUCACUUUUUGUCUAUGGUCUAAUCCCACAAAUAUUUGCCUAUGCUGUAAACUUUCCAAUCCAAAAAUAUCUUCAAGCACAAAGCAUAGUUGCACCAAGUGCAUACAUAUCAACAGCAACAUUGUUUAUUCACCUUAUAAUAAGUUACCUUGUUAUAUACAAAAUUGGACUUGGUUUAUUGGGUGCAUCAUUGGUUUUGAGUUUCUCUUGGUGGAUAAUUGUGAUAGCACAAUUUGUUUAUAUUGUCAAGAGUGAAAAGUGUAAACAUACAUGGAAAGGGUUUAGUUUUCAAGCCUUUACAGGGUUAGGAGAGUUUUUCAAAUUGUCAGCUGCAUCAGCAGUGAUGCUGUGUUUAGAGACUUGGUACUAUCAAAUAUUGGUUUUGCUUGCUGGGUUACUUCCUCAUCCUGAAUUGGCUCUUGAUUCUCUCUCUAUUUGUACUACAGUAUCUGGAUGGACGUUCAUGAUCUCAGUUGGAUUUAACGCAGCUGCAAGUGUUAGAGUGAGCAAUGAAUUAGGAGCAGGAAAUCCAAAAUCAGCCUCAUUUUCUGUUUUGGUGGUGACAGUGAUUUCUUUUAUAAUAUCAGUUAUUAUAGCACUUGUGGUUCUUGCUUUAAGAGAUGUCAUAAGCUAUAUCUUCACCGGCGGAGAAGAGGUUUCUGCCGCUGUCUCAGAUCUUUGUCCUCUCCUCGCUCUUGCCAUCGUCCUCAAUGGCGUUCAACCUGUCUUAUCUGGGGUGGCUGUUGGAUGUGGAUGGCAAAGCUUUGUUGCAUAUGUAAAUGUUGGUUGUUAUUAUGGAAUUGGCAUACCUUUGGGUUCAGUUCUCGGUUUCUAUUUCAAAUUCGGUGCCAAGGGAAUAUGGUUGGGAAUGUUAGCUGGGACAGUUUUGCAAACCAUUAUUUUAGUGUGGUCUACAUUUCGAACCGAUUGGAGUAAAGAGGUUGAAGAAUCAAGAAAGAGGUUGAACAAGUGGGAGGACAAGACUGAUGAGACACUCCUUAAGAACUGAGAGGCCCUUUGUUUUGCAAUUUGAUUAAGAUGUCAUUAGUCCAAAUGAAUCAGUGCUGUGAUAUAUGAUUAAGCAAUUUUUUCUUCUUUCUUUGAAAAGUGAGAAACUAUAAAAAUUAUGUUAAUGUCAUGUAAAAUUCAGUGUAUGAUUGAUUGUGUUCAUAUAGUUGCGAGGAAGUGGUGUAUAUUUGUUGGCAAUGCAUAUGAUCAGAAGAAUGCAUUAUGCUAGGGAUGGUAUGGUAUGGUGUGUUUGUGGUUUGCUAUCUAUUGUAAAUUGUUGAAUAAAAUUAUGUGGAUUAAUUUAUCCAUUUUUAAUGUAUGAUUUAUGUUCUAAA